AUGGUUUCUAGUAAUGGUGGGUCCUCCAUUAUUUGUGAAAAAUGCCCAGAAAAUACGAGCGGAGUUACUCAGGAUGGGUGGAGUUGUAUUACUUGUCCUAAAGGCCUAACUUCAGAAGGAAAAUGUAAAUGCCUCAAUAAUGAAAUAUUAGUGGAAAGAAGUAUCAAUGGCAUUUUGCUUAAUGAAGCAUUGUGCAUACAUUGUAAUGGAAGUGAGCAAUCAUUCUCUGCUUCAGAUGCGUCAGGAAAUAGGUGUGUAAGAUGUGAACAAACAUUCAUCAAUGUAAGCAAGUCUUGUGACUGCAACAGCCCGAACGUUUUAACUGGGGGAUUGUGUUUCAGUGCUAGUGACAGCUUACCCCCAAAGGGAGUUGCAACUGUUCGUUUUGGAGAGCUAGGUAUAACACUGACAUCGGCAUGGUUUCUGAAAAACCUGCAAUCCUCAGCCUCUGCCUGCUGGUUGUACUCCAAUCUAACAGCAUGCCAAGCUCUUGGAAAUAUGUGUGUAAUGAACAUGAAUUCAUUGAGUUCUUCAAGUACUGAUGCCUGUGGUUUAUUUCAGUAUAUUUAUGUCAAUACAGCAAGGCUAGGCAUUGUUCAUUCAGUAGCCUUCUGGAGGCAUAAUCUUCCAUGGCUAUAUUACGGUGAUCAACCAGGAUUAGCAUCCCAAGUGCUUGAGGCAAAUCAUUUCCCUACAAAAAAAACCUACAUCUCUUCAGUUAAAGGAACAGAUAAGGAUGUAAAGCUGCAAUUUAUUGCAGCCUCAUUUGAUGCAGCAGGAAACUUUCUUAAGUGGCAAAAUUUGGAAGGAGGCAUCUUACAGCUUUGUCCUGAUACCCAAACUAAAUUGAAUGCAGCCUAUACAUUUGGAACAACUUACCAACAAAGCUGCAAAAUUUCAGUUUCCAAGCUUUUAUUGGAUUUUGCUAAUCCAAUCUUUUAUGACCUAUUCCUUGAGUAUAAUGGUGACAAUGGACAACAAUAUCUUUGGGCUGUGCCAGUUUUAAACUUGAAUCUUCAAUACAGUGAAAUGUUUGUUAAUCAAGGCAGUAAUAUGAACAACUGGCUUUUGACUCGCCGAUUUUUUUUGGUGGAUACGCUAAGUGGAAAAGAGAAUGACUUGGGAAAACUACCAAGAGUAAUUCGAAUUGCUAGCAAAAUAACAAUAAGUAUUCGUCUGGUAUCCCAUACUCAGAGAGGAACUAUCUACCCUCCUCUGCUUACUAUUGCUUACACAGAUGUGCUUAUCCAAAACCCUGAAACCCAGAGUGUGAUGGUUUCCUUCUCAGUCAAUUAUGAGAUGAAUCAGUCAGAAGCUCAGAUUCAGACUGAUAUCACGUUGGGUGUGUUGGGUGGGCUUGCAGUGUUGUGGUCCCUUCUCAAGACUGCAGGCUGGAAGAGGCGUACAGGAAGCUCUGUAAUUGACUUGCAGACUGUUUUGAAGUUCUUACUGUUUUAUGCUGGAGACCUUGCCAACGUUUUCUUUGUCAUCACAGUGGGCACAGGGAUUUAUUGGCUUGUGUUCUUCAAAGCUCAGCAGUUUGUCUCUGUCCUUUUACCACUUCCAUCUCAAGAAGAAGAUUUUAUUACAUACAUAGCAUGUGCGUUUAGUUUAAAGGCUUUGCAAUUCUUACAAUUGCUGGUUUCACAGCUUACUAUAGAUAUUUUCUUUAUUGACUGGGAAAGACCUAAGGGCAAAGUUCUUAAAGCAGUUGAAGGUGAAGGUGUUAUUAAAAGUGCUGCUGCACCUGUGAGCAUAUGGAGGACAUAUUUCAUAGCAAAUGAAUGGAAUGAAAUUCAGACAGUGAGGAAGAUAAAUCCCCUCUUUCAAGUGCUUGCAGUUCUUUUUUUUCUGGAGGUGGUGGGAUUUUCAAACCUGGCUUUAAUGGAUUCUUCUUCCAGUCUUACAAGAAGCAGUGAGAGUUACAUAGCUCCUUGGAGCCGCAUUUUAAGAUUUGGUGUGUCUGCUGCACUCUGGCUAGCCAUUGCCUUCUUACAGAUUAUAUUUUUUUCUGUGUUUUAUGAAAGAUUUGUUGAAGAUAAGAUAAGCCAAUUUGUUGAUUUGUGUUGCAUGAGCAAUAUUUCAGUGUUUCUCUUGUCACACAGCUGCUUUGGUUAUUAUAUCCAUGGUCGCUCUGUGCAUGGACAUGCAGAUACCAAUAUGGAAGAAAUGAAUAUGAACCUAAAGAGAGAAGCAGAAAAUCUGUGUAGUCAGAGAGGUUUGUUACCGAACACUGAUGGCCAGACAUUUCAGAUUUCCAUUUCAAGAACAAUGCGACGGCACUAUGACAGGAUUCAUGAAACCCUAACAAGAAAACGUGGUCCUGCUAGGCUUUUGGACUCAUCUGCAAAUACUUUUGAACAAAGCACAAGGGCAUACAACACCAUGAACAAAUUUCUCAGUUCUUUCAUUGAUCACGUUCAUAAAGAAAUGGAUUAUAUUGUUAAAGAUAAGUUGCUGCUUGAACGGAUUCUUGGCAUGGAGUUCAUGGAACCAAUAGACAAAAGUAUUUUUUACAAUGAUGAAACUCUUUCAGUUCUGUAUUACGGCAAUGAGACAACACUGCUUAUCUUUGAUAUCCUGUUUUUCUCCAUUGUGGAUCUGGCUUCCCAAAGUUUUGUUUUAGCUGCUAUUCUAACAUAUUUGCAACAAGAGAUAUUUAGGUUUAUUCGUAAUACACUUGGGCAGAAGAAUUUGGCAUCCAAAACCUUGGUGGAUGAAAGAUUUCUCAUUUAA